AUGACGAAUUCUACGAACAAUGCUUCACGUUUUUCUCCUUAUCGAUCGAUGUUACCGCGAAAAAAGGAAGCAGAGACAAUUUGUGAAAAAUCAGAAAUUCUCGAGGAAACGAAAACAAUAAAAGAUAUAAAACCUCAUUUUAUCUUUGAGAAAAAUCGAACCACAACUUUUCCAGAAGAAAUAAGUGAAAUCCCAGAGUAUGAACGUGCAACCGACAUUGUAAUCGGCUCUUUAGGAGAAUCCAAUCAACUUGAUGCAGACUCAAAUACUUCUAAAGAUUCGGAUAAUUUUAUAAAUAAUGGGAAAAAAUGUUUCAAUUGUGGCUCAACCUAUCAUAAAUUUCAGAUGUGUCCAUUACCAAAAGACAUUGAGACAAUAGGAAUUAAUCGUGAAAAAUAUGAAGAAGAAAAUCCAAGCGAUAAUAUUAGUAAUAAUACUCAAUUCACUAGAUAUUACCUUGAAAUUAAAAAACGGUCUCUUAUUGAAAAUUUUGUCCCUGGAACAAUAUCUGAUACUUUAAAAGACGCUCUUGGCAUACUAGAUUCAGGCGAAGAACCACCUUAUUAUUGUAAUAUGCGUAUUUUUGGUUAUCCUCCUGGUUAUCUUGGAUAUGAAGCGGGUCAAGACCCUUUACGAGCAUUAAAAAAUCUACGGAAAUAUAAUGAUGCAUGGGACGCAUCAUCAAUGAAGUUUUAUGGCGUAGAUGAAGAAAUUAAAAUGGCAAUUGCCUUUGAUAAAUCUCAAAUAGACAAUGAAUCUUCCUCUCAGGAUCUAUUAUCAUCAGAUAAAAAUGAUGAUCAGAGUGAUAAAGAAGAAGGAGAGCUUGAUGAGGAAAAUGACGAUGAUCGUAAUAAAUUUCUUUCAUCAUGUCAAAGCAGCAAGAGAAUAAAAAAUGUGCCACUAGUCAACUAUCCAGGACUGGACUUAAAAGCAUAUUCACCGAUAACAACAUACACAGAUUCUCGGUAUAGUAAUAAUAGUUCGAAAAUAGACACAGCAUCUAUAAAUUAUUGGAAUUUUCUGCUGCAUCUUAAAAGCCUUUCGCAAAUGAACACUUUAUUUGAUGGUUACAGUAUGAUCCACUAUUGUAAUACGGAACCGUUGCCUCCUGGCAUCGAGCCUUCAUUCGUUUCAUCUGAACAGAACAGAAAUCUAGCUAAGCUCCCACUUCCAUCUUUUAAAAAUGUGGAGAUUUCAUCAAAAAAUGAGACAUCUCAAUUGCAUAGCCACGAUGAAGGAAAAGACCAAAAUAAUAAUGUCGAAUCCGGAGAGGAUAGUGAUAUGGACCUUUCAAAUUGA